AUGCCCCACAGUUGGAUAGAGAAGUGCAUGAAUAUGUUUGGAGUAGCAGUGAAUGUCAGGUCCUUCACAAGCGAAUCAAUGAAACAAUGGAACACAGAGCUGAAUGCGGGCCAAAAUAGACUUGGAAAUGUGAAAACAAAGCAGGGAAUGUUUCAGCGGGAUAGCCUAUCCCCACUCCAGUUUGUAAUGACAAUGAUCCUAUUGACACUGAUGCUGAGGAAGACAAACAUUGUCUAUGAAGUCAAGAAGAAAGGCGAGAUAAUCAACCACUUACUAUUCAUGGAUGAUCUAAAACUGUUUACGAAAAAUGAGGAUCAAAUGGACAGUUUAGUAAAUGCAGUAAGAAUAUUCUCAGAAGACAUCAAAAUGGAGUUUGGAUUAUCAAAAUGUGGCGUGUUAAUCAUGAAAAGAGGAAAGAUAGUUGAAAGUGAUUGCCUGUGCAUGCCAGAUGAUACAAUGAUGAGAAAUAUUGAGGAAAGUGGAUACAAGUAUCCUGGAAUUUUGGAAGCGGAUGGCAUUAAACAUGAUGAGAUGAAAGAACUUUUGACGAAAGAAUACAUCAGAAGAGUCAGAAACGUACUGAAAUUAAAGCUAAAUGGGGGAAACAUAAUUUCAGCCAUCAAUUCAAGAGCAGUUUCAAUCGUCAGAUAUGGGGCGGGGAUCAUAAAGUGGACAAAGAAUGAAUUGGAAGAAUUGGACAGAAAAACAAGAAAACUGAUGACAAUGUAUGGUGCUCACCACCCCAAGGCAGAUGUUGAUAGGCUAUAUUUGAAGAGAUGUGACGGUGGGAGAGGCUUGAUAGGAGGUGAAGACUGUGUGCAGGCAGAAUAUGGGAGGAGCAAAGAGGAUAUACAGAAGAAACAUCAAGAGGAAUAUGAGAGUAAAGCACUGCAUGGCCAGUUUCAAAAAGUUAUAGGAAAAGUAAAAGGCAGUAAAUCAUGGGAGUGGUUGAAAAAGGGCUAUUUGAAGAAAGAAACAGAAAAUGAAACAGUGACGCAUAUUGUGUCAGAAUGCCAAAAACAAACACAGAAAGAAUAUAAACAGGUGAGACAUGAUAAUGUUACAGAAGUUACUGGAAGCUUUACCGACAAGACACUGGAGCGCUACAGACCUGAUAUCACUGUAAUUGAGAAAAAGACCAAGGAAUGCCUUCUCAUCGACCCAGCAUGCCCAUUUGACACACGUAUUGAAAAGGAAGAAGAAAAGUGCAACAAUUACAGCGACUUGAAAUAUGAAAUUGCAAGAAUGUGGAGAAUGAAAGAUGUUGAAGUUAUUCCAGUAGUAAUGGGGGCAUUAGGGACAGCAGUUUGA